AUGGCAGAACAUUCGUUGAGCGAUAGUAGUACUGCUACUGGUACUAGUAACCAAAGCAACAAGCGUUUAAAGACAUCUGUUCGAUUACAAGACACUGAAAAUGAAGGACGCCCCAGCAUUUAUUUGUUUAUUUUUGUCAACCCGCUCUCUGGCAAUCGCCAAGGCAGUAAUCUCAUCCAUUUACCUAUACAACAUUUUCGUUUACGACGCCUUCCUCAAGUUCAAGUGGAGAUUCACAAUUGCCUCGACCCAAAAGACCAACAAGAUGGUAUGCAGCGGAUAGCUUUGAUUGAAAGCAAAGUGAAGCAAAAUGAGCUACCUCCAAUACGCACUGCAACCAAGCAACCAUCCUCGGCCCAUGCAGCUGUUGACGAAAGAGGCCAUACCAUGUCACAAGGAGAAGCCAAUGCUGCAGCUACGUUACCUGAAGGAAGUGGUACUCUUAGUCCUAGUGUCCAGACACGGCAUAUCCAUGUAUGGAGUGCUGGUGGUGAUGGCACGGUGAUGAGUGUUGUCAACAUGCUCGAAGAAUAUGGGAUUGAUUUGGACUUGGUGUUUUUUUCAUGCAUACCCUUUGGCACUGGUAACGAUUUUAGUCAAGUCCUUGGUUGGGGUCGGACAACCAAAAAGAAUGAUGUUGUGGGUGCCAAUUUGAAUGAAAUGGAGCGAUUAAUAUGCGAUCGACUUGAACAAGCAAAUGCAGCACGUCUCGACGUCUUUCAAGUGACCCUGGAAGCUCAUGAAUCGGGACAUGUUCGUAAAGCUGACAGUGAUGACAAACAACAGCAAUGUGUGAUGACACGAAAUAUGGGCAACUACAUGUCGAUAGGUGUACAAGGCUAUGUGGGCAGCGGAUUUGAGAAGCACAGGACCAACAAGCGAUUUUUGAACAUCCUCGUGUAUACACUCGAAAGCUGCAAAUGGGUGUUUUGGCGAAAGUUUCCCCGCAUCAAUCAUUUCAUUGAAUCGAUUGUGGAUGACAACGGCCAAGACGUACUACUAAAAGUGCCACCACACUCUGCAAAUCAAGAAGAUGGGGCUGAUGUGCCAACAUUGAAUGGUAGUGCAAUUGAUUUGGUGAUUCAAAAUAUCCCACAUAUUUGGGGCCGUGAGGUGGAUUUGUGGAGCGAGGCAACCACAGGCCUCGAGUCGGUUGCUAAUCGACGUGGGAGCACGGAUCCAAAAAACUGGACACCACAACUUGCCAAUGAUGGUAAACUUGAAAUGAUAGCACUAGGAAACAUGUACAGCUAUAUCAAGAAGCUGUUGAAUGCAAGGCAACAUGUUAGUCGCGUGGGGCAAUUCAAGACACCAUUUGAUAUCGUAUUUCGUAAGCCAUCUUUGAAGCAUCAUGGUGGUGGGUGUCUAGACUUUGCAAGAAGGAAUCGAUACGAGCGUAAAAAUAUCAUGGGAGUGAUGUGCGACGGCGAAUUCUUCUUAAUCAAGGAUCCCAAGACUAUACGAUUUGAACACAAGGCUCGAAUAUGGACUCUUGGUAGAGAUAGUAAGGAUGGUCAACAGGGUAGACUUGUUCAAGAUGAGAAAUUCAGUGCAGGAAAAAAAGGUGAAACGGCGGCAUGA